UUAUGGUAUCAUCUCAGGAUGACAUAGAAGACAAUUCAAAUGAUGGCAGCCAACCAUCUAAAAGGCGCCGCAUGGGCUCAGGAGACAGCUCACGAAGUUGUGAGACUUCAAGUCAAGAUCUUAGUUUUAGUUAUUUUCCAGCUGAAAACCUGAUAGAAUACAAAUGGCCACCCGAUGAAACAGGAGAAUAUUAUAUGCUUCAAGAACAAGUUAGUGAAUACUUGGGGGUAACCUCCUUUAAGCGAAAAUAUCCAG